AUGUCUUCCGCCGCUUACAACCGUCUUCACGGCCUCUUCAAGAACAGCACCGCCACCGCAACCGCCACGGGCACCGCUACUGGCACUGCUGUAUCCACCACCAAGAAAAUAAUAAAAGAGAAAACAAAAAGGCCGAAAAAAUCCCCCGCCAGCUCCACAUCGACUACAGCCGCCGCUGGCGGCACCGUCGUUUCGCGAUCCAAGACAGAAAAUUUGUCUUUUGAGCCCUUACCCAUGUCACAGUUAACAACUUCAUUAGCAAACCUCAAAAUGUUCAUUGAUACAUUUAAGAGAACCUCGAACACGGGACCUUUCCGUUACAGUUAUAAGUACUAUGACGACGCCGUCUCCCACCUUGCACGCGCCAAACAACAUGCCUACAUUGAAGAAAUACUUGAACACCAAAAGAGAUACAAAACGGAUAUGACCAAGGAAGCAUUCGUUGUUCGACUGAUCUCUCUAUAUGGGAAAUCAAGAAUGUUUGAUCACGCACGCAAGUUGUUCGACGAAAUGCCUGAACUAAAUUGUCCACGCACUGUUUUGUCUGCCAACGUCUCACAGCUUGUGUCAAUUCGAAAAGAUUGGAUAAGAUUUAAAGCUUUCUGUGAGAUAGAUGCCAUUGAUUCAGCUUUACAAAUGGCGGAUGAGAUGGAGAAAAACGGAUUUGAAUGUAAUGUAUAUACAUACAAUACCAUUCUGGAUGCAUUAUACGGAAAGGGUAACAUAUUGGAUGCUGAUAAAAUAUGGGAUGUGAUGAAAAGCAAGAAUCUUGAUCCUGAUGUGAGAACAUAUAAUGCAAAGUUGCGAGGAUUGAUUGUUGCUAAUCGAAUUACAUAA